AUGAUUCAAUCUGGGGAUGAGCGUGGUCUAGGAGUUCAGCCUGCCGUCACUGGAACUCCACAAUCUGCCUCUGGGUCUCUGGUAUCCCGCCAUUCUGAUUUCGAGCACCGGAUCUACUCGCAGACACCGCCGUCAGCAAGACUCCCUGGUCCCUCGCCGAGACAACCUGCGUCUAUUAGUAGCGGGGCACCACCUGAUUUCGUUGCUGAAAGCUCAGGAAUGGCCAAUGGUAAAUCAUCGACUAUCUCGACAAUUCUGUCCAAGUUCAUAGAGGGAAGCUCAGACUCACAGAGCCCCUCCGGCAUCUCGCCUAACGACAUUCCGCUUCACACAGCGGCUUCGUUUUCCCACACAUACUUCACUACUGUUCACCUCCAAUAUCCUUUUCUAGACAUCGAGACGUGCGCAGUUCAUUAUCGAGCAUGGACCAGGGCUGGAGGUAGCCCGGAGUUCGUUGGGUGGCCAGCAUUCUUCGUUAAUAUGAUCUUCGCGAUUGGGUCUCUCAUUGAAUCGAAAAUCGACAACGCAUCUUUCCCCCAAUACCAAAACCUAAAGUCACGAGCGCAAGCCGAGCAAUCCAUCCUCGCCGACUCAACUUCCACUCCUCUUGUACGGCUGCAGGCCAUGCUCCUCUCUGCCAUGUUCGCGUUGCACGCCGAAAGCACCUGGCGAAUUGCACACAUCAGCGGUGCUAUCAUGAAGUUUGCGUCGCUGCAUCGGUUCCACCGGCUGAAGAGAGAUCCCAGCGACCCGAGCAACUUGAUAUCGAUCAGAGCCUGGUCAUGUGCCUACGUGUAA